GCUAAAAGAUCUGUGUUCGUUAAAGUGAAAAGUUAUGCUGUGGUUUUCAUGAAAAUUAUUCAUUAUGAUUUAACGAAACGUUGAUGAGUUUAUAAUUUCUGCUGCCAAAUCUCACUUACCUUACUGGCUGCUUACUUUGUGGCAGCAAGAAGUUGACAAUCGCCAAGCAGACUAGUAGUUAAGCAGACAACAUUUUCAACUUUUAUUUCUAGGACGGUUGCAAGAAGAACUACCAUAUUAAAAUGCGGACAAAUUCAAGCGACUUCUUGUUGUUCAAGACAUCAUUUCGAAUAUCAAUUCAUAUUAAUCAUGAUUAAGUAUUUUUGUUUGAAAUGAAUAAAUUUAAACCAGUUUAAUAUGAAAAUUUCCAGCUUCUGCAAUAAUAGAUUGUUGGUUUUCAUCGAUUACCAGUUGUUGUGAUUUAUUUUUAUAGUUAUGUCAAAAUGACCUUCGGUAUUGAUUAGAUACCAAUCAACACAUUGCAUAAUUCGACCAUCGUAUGAGGAAUUAAAUAAUUUUUUCAACAAGGUUAGAAUUUACAACAAAUAGAUGAUUAUCUGAGGGCAUAUCUUCAAUCACAGGUACUGAAUUGAAUUGUAGUUAAUGUUUUCAUUCAAACCUCCCGUUCUUAAUUUUCCUUAGUUAGAUUUCUUCUCGAUUAUUAGACGGCUAGCUACUUCCAUCUUCACUCAAUAUGAACAAGCUCUUUAUCUGGAAACUUGCGACAAUUUUUUUGGUUAACGCAAUUAUUACUGUUACGUCAAUUUACUCGGCUCAAGUUGGUCUACUUCUUCCUAUGGACGCACACGAAAAAGGACUGACCAAGACUAACGUGGGCACUAUUUGCGGAUUUUAUGACGGCACAGCUUUAAUUCUGGGUCUUUUGAUAUCCAAAUUUACCCACCUAGCAAACUGGAAAACAGUUUUCUGGGUUAGUUCUUUAUUCUAUUCUGUAGCUAUCGCAUGUUUUGGGGUGCUAACUUUCAUCGAAGAAAAAUGGACUUAUAUUGUCCUAAGUGUAAUUGAUCAAAUUGUUGCCGGAGCUGCUUCUUGCUGUAUACAAACAGUUAUGCUCCCCCUUAUGUUCGCUCUAUUUCCCAAACAACGUGGUAAUUUAUCCGCUGCGAUUCAAGAAGCAUACGAAGCAGGGUCUAUUUUGGGAUCCUUAAUUGGGGGAUUUUUGUUCAAUUUCGGGGGAUAUUUUGUGCCAUUUCUGAUGACUGGGGUAUGUGGAAUUGUAGUUACGAUUCUAUCGGCCUUCUUCGUGCUACCUCAUAAAAUACAACACGUCAACGAAACUGUGCAAGUGAACGAAGAAACUGAUUUGAAAGAGAUCUCAUCCAAAAAAGAGAAGCCAAACAAACUGACAAUAGUCGGAGUCAUUCUAUCGUACCAAAUCCAGCUUGCAACUUACCCUAACGUAAUCGUUUCAAUGACACUGGGACUAUUCCGAGUGUUUCUCACACCAAUGUUGACAGAGGUAGUGAAGGUUGCAGAGAAAAAAAUCUGGUGCUUCUUCGUACCCGCUCCAGCUAUGGCACUAGUUCUCAGCCCUGUAGUUGGAAUUCUAAUCACGUGGAAAUACAAAUGGACCAUUUUUCUUCUGUCUCCCAUCGUUGGAAGUAUUGGCAGUUUCCUCUUCUGUAUUGUGACAUUUAACUUGUUUCUAGAUGGGACGGCUGCUCAACUAGUAAUGGUUGCAGGUGACAUUCGAAAAGCACACAGAUUGGUUUGUUUCGGGUUCAGUUUCAGCGCAAGCUGGGUUGUCAGUUGUGUCAUAAGCGACGAAAUUUUCGAAGCCUUCUCUCCGAACGACGCGAAAAAAGAAUACAGAAUUCUAAUGUCAACCUGGAAUAGCAACAUUUGCUACAUGGGGGGACGAUGUAUUGGAAACGCACUGGUCGGGGGAGUACUCUUUGAUCUGACUGGAUUCAAAGGGGUCAUUUUGAUCCAAUUAUUUUUGUAUCUUUCAUCGGUCUUAGCCGCUCUAUCGACUUACUACCAGUUUCGAAAGAAGACUAAAGCCAGCAGAGUACUUGUUUCAGUGACACCUGGUGGCAAUACACAACUUUAAGUUUCGAACUGCAUUGACCACUCAGAAAAAUACUGCUCGUAUCAGACCAAAGCCUUAAAAGUUCCGAUUGCCUAUUCAUUAGUCUCGAAUAAUUUUUGGAAAUAGAAGGAUUGACAAUUUAUGAAUUUUUGGCUGAUACUAUUGAAGCGUUAGUUUGUGAGUCGUUUAUGGAAUUAAUAAGACAAAUUAGCUAAUUCAAUUCAAUUUGGAACUAUUAUUAGUGCGGUUAAUUUGCCACCCAUAAAUAUGCUGCGAUCGAUGCCCACACGCAUUCAAUUUUUCUAAAAUUGGUCUGAGUAUUAAAAAACCACCCCAGGCAUAUAUAUUCCUCACUUUUUUUGAAAAUUGGAUCGAAAAUGGUCUAUUUAAGUCAAUGUUAAUUACAAUUGUACGUAGUUAAAAAAUAUAUCAAAUUAUUUGUGGUGGCCUCACAUGCAUAAGGAUAUCGUCAACCUGGCCGAGGAGUCUAGAAGCUGCACUCGCUAUGGUGAGAACGCUAAAUAUAUAAUUCCGAAAAUUUCGUCAAAACCGCUGCCACUGCUGAUGCAGCCAGGUCAAGAAUUGCAAUUAGAUUAUGCGAGACCACUUGAAGAUCAUAAGGGUAAGAAGAUAUACUUACUGGUUACUAUUGAUAAAUACUCUAAGUUUCCGUCGGUUAAAGUCACGAAGUCUACUGGGGGAAAAUCAACAAUAAAAUUUCUACGCACAAACAUAUACACACACGGAAAACCGGAGUAAAUGAAAACGGAUCAAUUUUCCAGAUUCAAAGGAAAAGCGAUGAAAAACUUUUGUGCCGAAAACAAAAUUGAACAAAAAUUCUGUCUGGUGGGAGAUCACCGAGGGUGUGGUCUGGUAGAAAGAACAAUACAUACAAUUAAACGAAGACUCGGUGUCAUGCUUUUAGAUGAAAACGUCUUGUCAAUCAAGCUUUGCCUAAGUACAAUAGUUAGGGAUCUAAGGUUGAAUAAACAAAAAACAGUCAAACGGUCCCCAUUUGAAGCACACUUCGGAAGAUUAUUGAAAAAUGAAUUUAAAAUUUUAAGAGAUAGAUUCAUCAAUGAGUCUGGUCGUUUAGAUAAAGUGCAUCUGGAACGAUCUACACUUGCAGCUUCCCAACUGAAAAGAAGAAUUGAUCAAUCGAGAGACAUUGUGAAAAUCGUCAGGAAAAGGCAGAACAGCCGGGACGUAAGCCCACUGUUUCAACCUAAUUCAUUCGCUGCCAGAGAACGAGAACGAGCGAAAGAACUGAAACAGUUAUUAGAGGCAAACGCACGAUGGAACGCCACAAGGAGAGAUACGUCGGCCAACAAUUUGAGAAGAAUAGUGGAUGAGAAUAGUACAAAAAAUCCGGAGCUCAGAAAGGAGUUAUUGUACCCAUGGGAGAAAAGAUUCAUAGAGGACAAGCCGAACCGCGACACUGGACCCAUGUCAAGCAAUUUUCUCCGAAAACACGAACAAAAAAAGAGUGGCAAGGCCCUGACAAUCCCGCUCAAAGGAAAAUUAAUUGCCGAAACACCAUCGACCGUGGAAACAGCUGCAGGUGCAGUAUACAUAAAAAUAGACAUAGCUAAGUCGAAAGUAUCUGUAGCACCUGCAGUGAAAGGAUCAGAUCAGAAAAGGAGCCCAACGGGGGAGGAACCGAGAAGUAAGCUGCAGAAAACAGCAAGAGAAGAUGAAGAGGUGGAAAGUGAGUCAAAUGACGAGGACGCUAACCCAAAUCAGCGGGAGUACCGUACGGUUCUGAAUGAAGACAGCACUGCUAAAGAUUUCAGAGUAGUCCAACGAUAGUAACCUCAAGCGACACAGAGGCGGGGGUGGCCUGAAUUUGGCCGUCAAAAAGGCAAAGCCGAACAAUGCAGGACCUCCAUCGCACAAUAAAAAAGGCGGUGUAGCCAAGCUCACAGCGCAAGAGAAAAAUAAAAGCUGCAAAAGCAGUAAACACGGAAUCGAAGGAUGACAAAGCCGACAAAGAUACACCAAAAUCGUCGACUCCAAAGAAAACCGCGGACGGUACUAAACGCAUCACUAGGCAAACAAACGAGAAAAAAAUCUUGGAUACGUUCCAGAAUAAAGAUAUGACACCGGGAGAAUGGGAUGAAUUAGCGGAACAAGUGAUGACUAGAGGUGUCCAGAAAGAAGCGGAACAAAUCCUCACAAUAAAGGCGGAUACGAUCGUUGAGUUUCCUCCACCAGGUUUCUCGGAUAAUUCGGAUCAGGAGGAAGAUCAAACUGUAGUGGGGUGAAGUGGCCGACAGAUAAAAAAUUAGGGGCCGAAUCGGUACGGAAGCCCAGUGUCACACUCAGUAAAGCUAAAUUGUUGUGAGGAUGAUAUUUUUGAUUUGAACAUGGCAGCUCUCGAAGCAUACCGGACAAGAUUGGCGAUUUUCGAAACGGAUACCGGAAAAACGACAGAAUCAAAAUCUGGAUUAUUGAAACGCCAUUAUUUAAACGAAGAUUCGGUCAAGCGUCGCUGGACAUUUCCAAAUCAUGGAAUGCCGCGCGGAAAUUUCCGUUGCAGUUCGAGUCAGAAAAGAAACAAAGAGAGAAGAAACGAGCAAACCUAAAACAAAACAUUAAACUGUGCAUUAAAACUCAUAUUGUAUUUAAAAUUUUAUAUGGUACUAUAUAAAAUUUUAUUGCCUUCGGGGGAAUGUGGUACUGUGUAGUACUGCUGCCACAGUAACCUUGGAAAGGUAGAUUAUUAUUGUUUGUUUUUGUUGCUAUUAUGUACUCGAGGCUAUUCUAGCAGGCCUACCUAAACGGUCACUUGAGUGUUCACUUAUCUGUCAGAGAGUGAACAACUAGACCUCUGUAUAAAAGAGUAACAGCAAUGAGUCUAAGCUAAAGAUAUCAGUCUUUCUGAUUUCAUUUACUUAUCAAGGACAAAGUAUUAGUUAUCACAAGUUUUGAAAAGACAACUUUAAUUUCUUCUGCGAAAAUAAAAUUAAUUUCGCCAACGAACCCUGGCCAGCUUUUAUGCUAAAUGAU